AUGGAAGCCGAUUGGGAUGAACUGUCGCGCAUUCCGGUGCCACCUCCAAGCCCACAUGGUAUGCCAACGAUUGCGACAGCAAUAGCCUUUGAUGAUGUGAUGGAAUUGUUGUGGGCUGGGAACGAAUAUGGCCGAAUUACUUCCUUUUGCGGUCCAGAAUUACAGAGGUAUACCUCCGUCCGAGCACACCCAGUUUCCGAAGGCCCCGUACGGCAGAUAUUAUUUCAUGAUAGAGGCGUGAUAUCGUUGUCCUCGAAGAGUGUGCAUAUGAUAACCCGGCGUGGCCUUACGCAAUGGCACAUUACCCAUGAGGACAUGACGGAUCUACGUUGCAUGAGUUUCACAGCACAACUGAACAAAGUUAUAGUAGCGGGAUGUCAGAAGGCAAUGUUUACGAUUGAUAUCGAUAAGGGACACAUAGUCGACAAGCUGCCGACCGAAUAUAAUUACACUAUGAUGAAAAAGAGUCGAUAUCUUUGUGCUGCGACAGACACCGGAUCAGUGAACGCCUUAAGUCUCACUGAUUUUCGUGUCGUUAAGUCUUGGAAGGCUCAUGGAACAGCUGUCAAUGAUAUGGAUGCUAGGAAUGACCUUCUGGUCACCUGUGGGUUUUCGGUUAGACAUCUGGGAUCACCGAUCGUUGACCCCUUGGCCAACGUUUAUGAUCUCAAAACGCUAUCGCCAUUACCUCCUAUACCUUUCCAUGCUGGAGCUGCGUAUGUACGCAUGCAUCCUAAACUGCAUACCACUAGUUUUGUUGCGUCGCAGACUGGUCAGUUGCAGGUGGUUGACCUCAUGAACCCUAACGCAAUCAACCUCCGCCAGGCCAAUGUUUCAUUCAUGCUUGGGAUCGAUUUGUCUCCCUCUGGGGAGGCAUUAGCCAUAAAUGAUGCCGAGUGUGCGAUCCACUUGUGGGGUUCUCCAUCGAAAGUGCACUUCAACGAGAUGAGCAAGGAAGUUGAAUUUGCGGAUGUACCUGCCCGACCUCCACCCCUUGACUGGUCACCUGAUACGCCAUUGAGUAUGAUUGGGAUGCCAUAUUACCACGAGCGGCUGUUUUCUGCUUGGCCAAGCCACCUUGUUUUUGAGAUUGGCAACCCGCCAGCCCCUAUUGACCAAGCACUAAUUCCCUACCUACGUCCCGCGGAGAUUGGGCACUAUGCACCGAACCCGAAAAAGACUCGACGAAAUCAAGUAGAGAAUACUCGCGCACUGGCCAAUUCGGAACCUGCUCUUAUGGCGCCGAAGUUCCUGAGCGAAAAGGCAAGAGAACAAAGUAAGGCGAAGUCGGAUGGCCUCGUUACCGAUACGGCGGAGACACUUGCGGGCACGAAGCUUAACGGCGAAGCAGAGGACGACCCUCUUCUUAAGUACAGUAAUGUCGAGAUCAAAUACAGCCGAUUUGGUGUCGAUGAUUUCGACUUUAGAUUCUAUAACCAGACCAAAUUCUCUGGUCUAGAGACACACAUUGCAAACUCCUUUACAAAUGCUCUCCUCCAACUAUUCAAGUUCAUUCCGUUGAUACGAAAUGUAGCUCUCCACCACGCUGCAAGCACUUGCAUAUUUGAGAACUGCCUUCUAUGUGAGAUGGGCUAUCUCUUCGAUAUGCUUGAGAAAGCCGACGGCCAAAACUGUCAAGCGACAAAUCUUCUGAAAACUUUCGGCAGUUUUCGGGAAGCCUCCAGUUUGGGGCUGCUUGAAGAGAACUUGACGAAUAAGGCGUUGUCUACUUCAAUCCAGGCUGUCAACAGAUUUUUCCUUGGCCAAAUUUCUCAUGAUUUCCGCAUGAUCCUCCCGAGCUCAGAUGAUCUCGACCAUAAGUUAGCAACCAUUGCUUCCGAGUCUAUUCGCUGCAUGUUUUGCCAGAAGGAAAUUGAACCUGCGUACCGUUUCUCAAACAUUUUACGGGCAAGCAUUGAGCGCGAGACUCAAAAUAGAGGGUGGUGCAAUUACUGCCGACGUUACCAGCAAGUGGCUAUUCGGAAGACAGUACAUCGCAUGCCACUAGUCAUGAUGCUCAAUACCGCACUAACUAAUCCUAUCUGCAAACGGCUUUGGGCAAUUCCUGGAUGGUUGCCAGAAGCGGUUGGCCUUGUGGUUGAUGCUGGCCAAAUUUUGUGCUUUGAAGGCGAAGACCUUCAAAUACGAAUGCAGAACAACAUGCCGGGCCUUGUGGUGUAUGAACUGGUAGGCGUGGUUUCAGAAAUCGAUAUUCCUGAGCAUCAGAAAGCUCAUCUAGUCUCCUUUAUUAAUGUGUCCAUCUCCUCGCGCGAGCCGGAGAGUGCAAAUAAAUGGCAUCUGUUCAAUGACUUCCUGGUCACGGAGGUAGACAAGGAUGAAGCCCUCCGAUUCAAUCAACCGUGGAAAGUGCCGUGUGUGCUGGCAUACCAGGUGAAGGAUGCUCGCCACUCCAUGGAUGAUAACUGGAAGAACGUCCUUGACACGACUCUUCUUUACCGCGAUUGGUCACUUAAUGGCGGUCGCUCCGUGGAAUCACUUGCUACUCUUUCAGAGGAAGAGAAACCGACUCCUGGUACUCCUGUUGCCCUCGAUACCGAAUUUGUUGAUCUCGAAAAAGCAGAGAUCGACGUGAAAGCCGAUGGAUCUCAAGAAAUUGUACGGCCCAGCAAGAGUGGCCUUGCUCGAGUGUCCGUUCUUAGAGGCUCCGGGACUCGAGAAGGCGUACCUUUUAUCGAUGAUUAUAUCACCAUCAAAGAGACAAUCGUUGACUAUGUCACUCAAUACUCUGGUAUUAAACCCGGUGACUUAGACCCGAGGACUAGUCAGCACAAUCUUGUCCCACUUAAAGUCGCAUAUAAGAAGUUGUGGCUACUCCUCAAUUUGGGAUGCGUUUUUGUCGGGCACGGAUUAGCCUCCGAUUUCCGCAAAAUCAAUAUCCAAGUCCCCAAAAGUCAGACAGUCGAUACACAGUAUUUGUUCUUCCACCCCGGUAAGAAUCGGCGUCUCAGUCUCCGAUACUUAGCUUGGGCUGUGUUCAAGGAAUAUAUCCAAGAAGAACCCACCGACAAUAACCAAGGGCAUGACUCUAUUGAAGAUGCACGCAUGGCCCUCCGUCUUUGGAAGAAGUUCCAGGAAUAUGAAGACGCAGGGGUGGUUUCACAAAUACUCGAGGAGCUCUUCCGCGAGGGAUCCAAACUAGGAUUCCGACCACCAGCUCGAAACGGCGCUACAGCAGUUUUAUCACGGCCUGGAACUGCAGUGACGAUGCAGAAUAAUAGCGGUAGAAACACCCCCAGCACUCCUGAAGUGACCGCCCCUGCUGCCAGUGCGCCCACCACUCCCAGACAGGGAUUCCGACGCUCGGUUGCUCUGACCCCGAGCAAUGGCAGCUUUGCUGGCCCAGGAACAGGAGACUUUUUUGGGGGGAGCCCACUGAAAUGA